AGCAAACAGUAUCAAGACCUCUGAAUGAGUCACCUCCUUCAACGAAAGUCUAUCAACACGUUUCGCCACGCUGCAGGACAGUUCACUUCUUCUCCAUUUCGCUUCACAAGCCACAAUUUCCAGUUCCCAUUCGCGCGGUGCGCCUACGCCACUAUGGCGGUCAAACAAGAAUGGACGGCCAACUCGGUCCGCAAGCAGUUCAUUGAUUACUUCGAGCAGCGUGGGCACACGUAUGUGCCAUCCAGUCCAGUGGUUCCAUUGAAUGAUCCUACCCUGCUGUUCACCAAUGCAGGCAUGAAUCAGUUUAAGUCAAUAUUCCUCGGAACCGUGGAUCCAAACAGCAAUUUUGCAAAGCUUAAGCGCGCCGUGAACACGCAAAAGUGUAUUCGUGCGGGCGGAAAGCACAAUGAUCUUGACGAUGUCGGGAAGGACUCGUAUCACCACACCUAUUUUGAAAUGUUGGGAAACUGGAGCUUCGGGGACUAUUUUAAGAAAGAAGCCAUCGCCUGGAGCUGGGAACUUCUCACCAAAGUCUACGGACUGGAGCCGGAUCGGUUGUACGUCACGUAUUUCGAGGGCGACCCGUCCCUGGGGUUAGAGCCAGAUUUCGAAGCGAGAGAUCUAUGGAAGGCAGUUGGAGUAGCUGAGGAUCAUAUCCUGAAGGGAAAUGCCAAGGACAAUUUCUGGGAGAUGGGUGACCAGGGACCUUGUGGACCAUGCUCUGAAGUGCAUUAUGAUCGCAUUGGCGGGCGAAAUGCCGCGUCACUGGUCAAUCAAGACGAUCCAGAUGUACUUGAAAUCUGGAACAACGUCUUCAUACAGUACAAUCGAGAACCCGACAAGUCCUUGCGAUCACUGCCAAACAAGCACGUUGACACAGGAAUGGGUUUCGAACGUCUGCUCUCCAUUCUCCAAAACAAGCGCUCAAACUAUGACACAGAUGUCUUCAUGCCACUUUUCGCUCGCAUUCAGGAACUUACAGGUGCUCGACCCUAUUCUGGCAAGUUUGGCAAGGAUGACAGCGAUGGUAUCGACACCGCAUAUCGAGUUCUUGCUGAUCAUGUGCGCAUGACGGUGAUUGCAAUCUCUGAUGGUGGCUUUCCUGAGAACGUCGGUCGUGGCUAUGUUGUUCGCAGAGUUCUAAGGCGAGCGGUCCGUUACGCCCGACGCUACUUUAAGAUCGAACCUGGCAAAUUCCUUGGCCAGAUUGCCGAAACACUUAUUGCUCAGAUUGGACACAUUUUCCCCGCGGUUCAGGAGAAGCAAGACGAGAUCAUCAGAACUCUCAACGAAGAAGAGCUUGCUUUUGGUAAGACCUUGGAUCGUGGCGAGGUCAUGUUCGAAAAAUUCGCGAAGCAAGCAGAAGCCACAGGCUCUAAACAGCUGUCAGGGGCCAAUGUUUGGCUACUGUACGAAUCAUAUGGCUUUCCUGACGACUUGACACAGAUAAUGGCCGACGAGAGAGGCUUGAAGAUCGACCCUGAGGAGGUCAAGGCAGCUCAAGAGAGGGCUCGAGAGGCGAGUAAAGGACAGAAGACCGCUGCGGAAGCAACUAUGAAACUUGACGUGCACUCUCUUGGAGAUCUUGAGAAAGCAGGCGUUCCAAGAACUGACGACAAGUACAAGUUUGGACGUGAGGACGUGCGCUCUCAAAUCAAGGCCAUUUAUUCAAAUAAAAAAUUCGCGCAGACUACGGAAGGAAUUUCCAAAGAUCAGCAAGUUGGCCUCUUGUUGGACAAGACCAGUUUUUAUGCUGAGCAAGGUGGUCAAGUCGGUGAUAGUGGACGGAUUGUCAUCGACGGAGAGGCAGAACUUAGUGUGGUUGACACGCAAGUUUUCAAUGGCUAUGUGCUGCAUAUCGGCUACAUGUCGUACGGGAAGCUUAGCGUUGGCGACACCGUCAUAUGUGACUAUGAUGAGCUGCGUCGAGAUCGCAUAAGGCGAAAUCAUACCGGCACUCACACUUUAAAUCUGAGCUUACGCGAGUUUCUGGGAAAUGACGUCCACCAAAAGGGUUCAUUGGUGGCAGCCGAGAAGCUCAGGUUCGACUUCUCGCAUAAUGCCCCAGUUACUGAUGCUCAACUUGAGAAGAUUGAGAAGUGGAUCAGGAACGACAUUGCGAAGGCGCUUCCAGUAUAUGCUAAGGAAGUCCCACUCGCUGAGGCUCGAGAGAUUGAAGGUGUCCGAGCAGUUUUUGGAGAAACAUAUCCUGAUCCUGUCCGCGUCGUGGUUUUAGGUGUUGAUGUCGAUGAGGUUCUAAAGGAUAAGAAGAACCCGAAGUGGCGAGAUAUUAGCAUCGAAUUUUGCGGUGGUACGCAUACGGCGACGACAAAGGAUAUUGACGACCUUGUGGUAAUCGAAGAGAGCGGAAUUGCCAAAGGCAUUCGGCGCAUCAUUGCUGUCACUGGUCGCGAUGCCCGCGAAGUGAAGGCAAUAGCUGAUGAUAUUGAUGAACAAAUAUCUCGCCUCGAAAAGUUAAAUCAUGGUGAGGAACGCGAUGUUCAAUUCAAGUCCAUUACCGAGACUUUGAACAAGGCAAACAUUUCUGCAUUGAGCAAGUCAAAGUUCAAGGCUAGACUUGGCCUGGUUGGCAAAGCUAUUGUUGAUGCUCAAAAGGCUGCGACAAAGGAGGAAAACAAGAAGGUUCUCGAUCAAAUCACCAGAUUUUUUAAAGAGUCGCCAGACAAGCGAACCUAUAUCGCUAAGCUCGAAGGUCUAAGUCCAGGCUCAAAGGCUAUCAGCGAAGCUCUGAAGCAUACAUCCACUAAGAUGAAGGAUAAAGCCGUCUAUCUAUUCGCAAAUGAUGUAGCAACUGGAAAAAUCAUGCAUGGUGCCAGUGUUGGAGACCUCCUGCAAAAGGAAAAGCUUCUCGCUACAGAGUGGACUGCUGUUGUUUCAAAAGUGAUCGGAGGCAAAGCGGGUGGCAAGCCUGCAAUGUCGGUGGGAAGCGGUGUUCAUGCGGACAAGCUUGAUGAUGGUAUUGAGGAAGCCCGCAAGUAUCUCGAGGAUCUAAAAAUAUGAAGGAGCAUAAGAUGCUUCUGUCGCGGGCCUCAUAUCAAAGCUCUGGAAUUUAUCCCCGGUAUCCCUGGUUUAUAUCUAGACGAGACUUUCGUUACGCAUAUUUUCUGGUCAGCUAUUUUAGGUUAUGACUUGGUAUUAGAGCUCUGAGGUAUGCAAGUGUCAGUAGACCAAACUUUUGAGCCAAUAAAUAUGAACAAUCAAAAGCUCAGAAACCUCCUUUUCA